ACGCCGUACCUGCAGCGACGAUCCUGGGUGGAACAACAUCGGCGAGAGGUAGGAUCGACCACGGCGAACGGGAGUCACGGAAAGGACACGAGGAUGACCGACAAGGAUAGGCGAGGACGAAUGUGGAAAAUAGUAUAAAAAUAGUUAGAAUAAGAAUAAACGAAGGGCAGUCUCUUUAUGAAGCUCAGUCAGUUGAGUCGGGCAGUCCCUCUGUGAAGAUCAGUCAGUUGAGUCGGCCAGUCCCUUUGGGAAGCUCAGUCAGUCCAGUUCAGUUAGUUGGCUCAGUUUUGAAACUAGAUUUCCAGUGUCAACUUCGUCAUUUCUUUAAGCAUUAUUGGUGACAGCGGUUCUGCCCCGCCAAAUUUCCGUUACAACGUGGUGACAGCGGUUCUGCCACGCUAAGUUUCUAAUUUCGGGAGCCAAUCCCGUUACAACGUGGUGACAGCGGUGGGAUUUUAUAUGAAUUCCCCAACAUAAAGAAAUUUCCGUUACAACGUGGUGACAGCGGUGGGAUUUUAUAUGAAUUCCCCAACAUAAACAAAUUUCCGUUACAACGUGGUGACAGCGGUGGGAUACCGAUCCCGUGUUGAUAAGUAGUAUUCCGGUGGAAAACGAACUCAACACAACGAAAUUAAUAAGUGAAUGUUAAAUCAAAAGUGAAAUUCAAAAGUGCAAAAUAAGCAGUGAACUACUCAGAAAGACAGCGUAAAACCUAAGAAGAAGAACAGCGAGUGUAAUUCAAAAGAAGAAGAAACCGAGUCUACCGAAAAGCGAACCAACUGAACGACGCAUAGCUGCAAAUAACUACAAGGAAAACACGGCGAUAACAGACUACAAGGAAGGCCUGGUGGUAAAAAAAAAUAUUAGUCAUAAAAGUGAACAGUGACAAAGUGAAUCUAAAAAGAAGCUCAUAAUAACAAAAAAACACAACAACAACAAAAAAGUAAAAUGGCCCAAUACAAACAACGCAGACCUAGUCAAAACUGGAACUGUUUAAAAUGUCAUAACUUAGAAGAACAAAUUGAGGAGUUGAAGAACGACUUGCAAACGUUAAGAGAAUUAAAAUCUGAACUGUUUAGGUUAGGCAUCAUAGCCACUUCCAACUUAGAAAAAGAAAAACAAAAAUUAAUUGAAGAAAACAAGCAUUCUCAGGCAAAAUUGAUAGCGACCCAAAACAAGCUUAAAGAAACAGAAGAAGCAAAUAUGGUAACAUCCAAUGACUGUACAAAACUAAAAGAAGAGCUGAGAAUGAAAAAUGAGCAACUUAAAACCCUCGAGAAUUGUUUAAGCUCAGCCAAUAGGCAAAAGAAUGAAUAUGCAAACAAAAUUGAAGGUUUAGAACAGAGUUCAAAAAUUGAUCAGGUAUCACUGUUACAGUUGCGAGAGGAGAAUGAUAAACUUAAAUUAAAAAUCCUUCGAUGGACUGAAGAAAACAAGCAUUCUCAGACAGAAUUGAUAGCGACCCAAAACAAGCUUAAAGAAACAAAAGAGGCAAAUAUGGUAACAUCCAAUGACUGUACAACAUUAAAGGAACAGCUGAGAAAGAAAAAUGAGCAACUAGUUAAAUCACAAUCCACAAUAUUACGGUUACAGUGUGAAAAAAAUAACUUGACCGAGGGACUCCAGCAAGCAUUCAAAGAAUGGGAAGGCAAAGAGAAAUCUAAUCGGUUAUCAAAAGAGAGCCAAUGCUUAGAUGAGAAAUGUAUUAGGGAAACACAGAAAAGGGCUACUGAAACCAAUCCCAGCAGAAUCUGUAAGGAAAAUAAAACACUCGUAAAUACAUUGUUACAAUGCGAAAAAAAUAGCUUGAACAAGGAACUCCAGCAAGCAUUGAAAGUGUGGGAAGGUAAAGAAAAAUCUAAUCAGUUAUCAAAAGAGAGCCAAAGCCAAUAUGAGAAAUGUAUAAGGGGAGUACAGAGUAGGAUCACUGAAACCAAUCGCAGCAGAGUCUGUAAGGAAACUAAAACACUCGUAAACAAAGACCUAAGAAAUUUUGAUAAACGUAAUAUGGAAAACAAACUGGUUUUUGACGGUAAUAAAUUAGGCGAGGAUCUUCCGAGGAUCGAAGAAAUUUUCCGAGCUAGAGAUGUGGUAAUAUGAUCACAAAGAUUCCCCUGUAUAACAAGCAAUAAGACGACGAUUUGAAAAUUGGACCAAGCAUAUCGAAAAAAAUUAAAUUUGAGGAAAAAUAGAUAAAUUGGAAGACAAGAAAAGUUAAGCAGUUAAACAUAUAACGUCAGGAAAGAAUAGCAUGGGAAAUUAAUAAUGACAAAAAGAAAGGAAAACAAACGUGUAUCGAAUAUUGAGAAAUGUUCAGGAAAAUUUCAGAGUUGAGGUUGUUCAGUAAAAAUCUGACCACGACGUUCACGAUGAACGAAGACACACAGUGGAAGACCGACAAACUAUAAGAGGAAAGUAAGAAAGGAAAACAAAUGUGUAUCGAACAUUAAGAGAUGUUUAGGAAAAAUUGCCUAGUUGAGGUUGUACAGUAUAAAUCUGACCACGACGUUCACGAUGAACGAAGACACACAGUGGAAGACCGUCAAACUAUAACAAGAAAGUAAGAAAGGAAAACAAAAACAACUUUGCGAAAGGAAGCAAUUAACGAAAAAAACCUAAUGCGAGGGCAGAAGAUAUAAUAGGGAAAAAAGGAAUAGAAAAAUACAAAUGAACUGAGAAUUUUCGAGCCAACGGGCCAAAGGGUCAACAGGGAAAAUUUAAGCAACGAGCAGAGCAUCUACAAGCGGAGAAACGAAGCGAGCCGGCGACAAUACGCAACGCCACAACACCUAGCAGCUUGAUGCUAUUUCCGUCAAGCCGGGCCUCAAGCUCCACUAAGGGAGGGGGAGAUGUAACGGCCCUAAAAACGAUAUCAACGGGAAGCCCCACCAGCCGUUACCGAGAGCCAUCUACGCACGAGACAAUAUUCGACGAUCGGGUGCAUCAUAAACGUCGGGGUUUUACCCGAACUCAACGGACGUUCAUCACCAUCAGCGACGCCGUACCUACAGCGACGAUCCUGGAUGGAACAAUAUCAUCGAUCCUGCGUAUCCUA